AUGGACAGCUUUUUUAAGGCUGCUGUUUGUGAUCUGGACAAACUCCUUGAUGACUUUGAACUAACUUCUGAAGAACUUGAAGGCAAUCCAGUGUUCUUGAAGCCUACAGUUUACAGUCCCUUUUCUACUGGAACGUCUGAGAAUUUCUCUGUACCUGAAUCUUCUCCUUCUGAAGAGAGUAGGGCUAUGUGCGAGGAGGCUGUGAUUUGUAGUGAGAUAAACAGUGAUACUAUUGAAGGCCUUGCAUCUCCAGAAAGUGACCGGUCAGUGGUGUCUGCAGAGGGAAUUAUAAUAGAUGGUACUCUUUCGGAUGAAUCGUCUAGUCCUCCUGGGAUCACCACCAGCAGAAGAAGAACAAUAUCACAAUUUCACCGGUCACACAUCACAGCCAGUGGAAGCCCUCAGGACCAUGAUGGUUACUGUCCUGGAUAUGAUGAGUUGUCGGAGCCUCCACCUUAUCCUGGAGAGGCCACCACUGCCACCGUGGAAUGUGACGAUUGGAAAAAGGACGAUGACGCAGAGCUUGGGAAUGAACAGCCAGCAUGGAUGCCCGACGCAGAAGCUCCAAACUGUAUAAACUGUGCUCAGAAGUUUACGUUCACAAGAAGAAGGCAUCACUGUCGAGCAUGUGGAAAGGUGUACUGUGGUGUGUGCUGUAACAAAAAGAGCAAGCUGAAGUACCUGCAGAAAGAGGCUCGAGUGUGCGUCAUCUGUUUUGAUUCAAUACAACGCGCCCAAGCGCUGGAGCGGAUGAUGAGCCCGACUGGGCCGAGUCCAAACCCAAACAUUCCCUCUGAAUACUGCAGUACAAUCCCACCUCUGCAGCAGGCCCGCGCUGCCGGAACUUUGAACUCUCCCCCUCCCACCGUCAUGGUGCCUGUGUCUGUCCUCAAGCACCCAACAAAUGAAUGUUGUACACGAGAGCAGAAACGUGUGUGGUUUGCAGAUGGGAUUUUACCUAAUGGAGAAUUUGCAGACACGGCAAAGCUAUCUGUGACAAACCGAAAAAGUGGAGAUUUUACACCAGACCAGACACCAAGCCCAGCUGAGUCUGAGACUGGCAGCCGUGGCCAAUCAGCCUCUGAACCAACUGUUGCGGCAGAGAUUGAGCGGCCGCUUCUCUCUGGUCCCUGGGACAUAACCCUCCUGUCUGCUGUCAUUUCUGCAGUAAAAAUGAUUCCCAGUCUCCUGCCAGAUAAUGCAGAUGAUCUGCCUCCGUUGCUGAUUACCACCGGGGAGUCUGACGUUGGAGAUAUUCUUGUGGAGGAAUGUCCGGCUCCUUGCCAGAUUCUACAUUUACUGGAGGAAGGAGGACCUCGGCCUUUAAUGUUUGUUCUGAAUGCCAACUUGCUGGUUAACGUCAAAAUAGUAACUUAUGGCGGCCGGCACUGUUGGUGCUUUGGAUCCACAGGGCUACAGGCUCUGGGGCAGAAAGAGUUGGUCUUUAUAUUGGAGUGUUUGCCAGAUGAAAAGACAUUGCCACAAGAUCUUUUCACCCUUUAUCUCAACAUUUACCAAGAUGCCCAAAAAGGGAAGUUUAUUGAUGAGCUGGAUAACAUAACAUUUACAAGCAGUUUCUUGGGCAGCAAAGACCAUGCUGGGAUGCUGUUCUUCUCUCCCAGCUGUCAGCCUCUGGAAGAGCUCAGUCUGCCUCCUCAGCCUUUCCUCUUCGGUCUGCUCAUACAGAAGCUCGAAGUUCCCUGGGCUAAAGUCUUUCCUCUGAGACUUCUUCUGCGGCUGGGCUCAAAGUUUGAAGUCUACCCAACGCCGCUGCAUAGUGUGCGUUUCAGGGAUGCAGUGUACCGGGAAACAGGCCACACAAUAAUGAAUUUACUUUCUGAUCUUAGAAACUACCAGUACAGUCUGCCUGUGGUGGACGGCCUGAGGAUUCACAUGGAGAUGGGUCGUAGUUACAUUGAGAUCCCCAAAAGCAGCUUCAACGAGAUGCUAAAAGUUGUAAAUUCGUCAAACGAGCAUGUGAUCAGUGUUGGAGCAACUUUUAGCUCUGAAGCAGACUCCCACCUGGUGUGUUUUCAAAAUGACGAUGGAAACUAUCAGACUCAAGCGAACAGCAAGCCAGGGAUGACCCGCACAGUGACUGGGGCCAGUUUUGCUGUCUUUAAUGGAGCCCUCAAAGCCUCUUCUGGCUUUAAAGCCAAGUCCAGCAUUGUUGAAGAUGGACUGAUGGUCCAAAUCCCUCCAGAGAUCAUGGAGUCCCUUCGCCUCGCGCUCCGAGAGCAGAGAGACUUUGACAUACACUGUGGCAAAAGUGAUGACACAGAGGUUAGAGAAACUGUGACUGUGCGGUGGAUCGACUGGAGUGCACCCGUCAAUAAGGGGAAGACGAGCGCAGUAGAUGGGAAACCAUUGGAUGGAGUCUACAGUAUGAGAGUUCGGCAGGACACAGAGUUUGAAUCUGAAGGACGCUCGAUCAGAUGUACUGAGAUUUUCUGCCAGUUGAAAUGUCCAGACAGCAGCCUCAUGUCGGUGCUGGCCUCGUGCAGUGCUUUUCAGAAGGACAUUGCUUUGGCCACAUGCGGCGCUCUCACCCCUCUGCUCUCUGUGCUCAUGAGCAGUGGUAUUAAUGCAUUAUCCCUGCGCGUCUCCACUCAGGCGGACAUGGUUGAGUACCAAGCUGGUUCUAAAGGGAGGCUUCUCCCACAGCGUUACAUGAAUGAUUUGGACAGUGCUUUAAUACCCGUCAUUCACGGAGGAAGUGCAAGUGUCCCUCAGACCGCUAUGGACAUGGAGUUUGUUUUCUUCAUUACAUCAAAUCUAUUGGGCCCACAAUGCAUGACGAGCCCAAGAUGA